AUAAUGUUGUGGUGACGCCAUGCGUAGCUGGAAGGGAAGUCAGCCAGCGGGUGGGCUGGGUUGUUAUCCUGUUUGUGGCAUCUUACAUCGCAAAUAACGCCGCUACGACCAUUUAACCCCGAUAUUGGGAGAGACAGGAAUCCCAUAAUGAGUUAGAGGCUGCAUUUUGUAUGUGCAAGUGCACUGAAACAUGGGUCCUUGUGUCCUCGUCCUUCUUAUGCUCUCUCUGCAGGCCCUGCAGACCUCAGCCGAGGGCUCUGAUGGGAAGUUGGAGUGUCUUUGUGAGACCCCUCAGUCCCUCCAGGCCACAAAGUGCCACGGGACUCGGUGCUUUUCCUCCGUGAAAGUCAGCAGCAGUGGAGUGGUGUUCGAGCAUGGCUGCCUGGAGGGGCUGGACAAAAUCCGUUUGCAUUGCUCCACAGCUCCAUCUUUCCAUCAGGCCAUUUUUUGCUGCUCCCAGGAAAUGUGCAACGGCAACACCACCCGGAGUUCGCUGAUGUCUCUGCUUCCGACAGCCCCAGAAGGGGAGCCAGUUCGGUACCGCGUGGAGACCGUAGCUCUUUUCGUCCUGGGCCCGGUGGUGGUUCUGGCUCUGCUGUGUGCAGUGUCGGUUCUGGCCUGCAGGAGGCUUCACCGUGGCCGGCUGCAGAGGCUGCAGGAGUUUGACACUGAACAGGGGGCCGUGGACGGCCUCAUCACCUCCAACGUGGGAGACAGCACUUUAGCGGAACUGUUGGACCAGUCGUGUACUUCAGGCAGUGGUUCAGGACUCCCUUUCCUCGUCCAGAGGACCGUGGCCAGGCAGAUCAGCCUGAUGGAGUUAGUCGGCAAAGGGCGGUAUGGAGAGGUGUGGAGGGGCCAGUGGCAGGGGGAGAAUGUAGCUGUAAAGAUCUUCUCCUCGAGAGAUGAGAAGUCCUGGUUCAGAGAGACAGAGAUCUACAACACUGUGCUGCUAAGACAUGAGAACAUACUGGGCUUCAUGGCGUCUGACAUGACUUCUCGCAACUCCAGCACCCAGCUGUGGCUCAUCACCCAUUACCACGAGAACGGAUCGCUCUAUGACUACCUGCAACGAGUUGCCGUGGAGACGUCUGAGGGCUUGGCGAUGGCGGCGUCGAUAGCCUGCGGCCUGGUCCACCUGCACACGGAGAUCUUCGGCACGGAGGGGAAACCGGCCAUCGCACACCGCGACCUGAAGAGCAAAAAUAUCCUGGUGACGAAAGAACUGCGCUGCUGCAUCGCAGACCUCGGGCUGGCUGUGACCCACUCACAGGCCGACAACCUGCUGGAUGUGGGCAACAAUCCGAAGGUCGGCACCAAGCGCUACAUGGCGCCGGAAGUGCUGGACGAGAGCAUUCAGACGGACUGCUUCGACGCCUACAAGAGAGUGGACAUCUGGGCCUUCGGGUUGGUGCUGUGGGAGAUCGCAAGACGCACAUACAGCAAUGGUAUUGUUGAGGAAUACAGGCCACCGUUCUAUGAUCAGGUGCCAAAUGACCCCAGCUUUGAGGACAUGAGGAAGGUGGUGUGUGUGGAGCAGCAGAGGCCUUUCAUUCCUAAUCGUUGGUUCUCUGACCCUACUCUCUCUGCUCUAGUGAAACUGAUGAAGGAGUGUUGGUACCAGAACCCCUCUGCGAGGCUAACUGCACUGCGCAUCAAGAAGACCCUGGACAAGAUUCACAGCUCCCUGGAGAAGGGCAAGGAGUCAUGAGAGGAGGCUCGGGGGAAGCUGCCUGAUGAAAGACGACCAGGGGAAGUUUUGUUCAAGUGUCAUCCAGCCUCAUCCCUCCACUUGCCCUCACUUUCUCUGUGGUUGCCUUCGAAUGACAUCACUUUCUUACUUGAAGCCCACAGGCGUUUGUUUGUUUGGACUGUCUGAAUGGAGUGAGCCUUUAUUACAGGACAGCAACCUGUUGCCGUUGUGCACAUCGCGUGGACCGUAGACUGAUACCGAGCGGGGCAAAGCUGGAUGGAAAUUGGAGUACUGUAUCCAAACGCUUUAAUGCCCAUGUAAGACUGCGCCCACAAAUAGUGUCUCUUAUAGUUCAAUUUCUGAUCCCCUGCCAGUGCUUUUGGGCUUGUGUUUGUGGCAUUCUGCUCAGCGACAAUCAAGUGUUUCACUCAUUUAGCUUUAAUAGAACGUGACAAGUAUCGCUACGAAGACUCAAACAAACCACACAAAUAUGUUCACUUAAAAACGGAAAACAGCCAAUACAAUCAAAUGUUUUGAACUUUUUAAUAUUUAUUUAAAUGUCCACCAAUACCAAACUGCCGUGGAUAAUGUAACACUGAUGCUGCGUGAAAAGGAUUGUAUACAUAGGCAUUAACUCCACUGAACUCUGCAGCCAGUAAGAAAUCCUGUUUGAGGGAAUCGAAAAGAGUAGGAAAAUCUUUCCAUUGAGCUUUUUUGUUGGAACAAAAAAAUGGAUAAAACACUAAAGAUGGAGGCGGUUCUGAAGCAGACAUACACUAAGUACCUGCCAAUAGUCUGUGUUUUAGGAGGAAUAUGAUUCAAAGAUUUCUUUGAUGGGGCUGACAUUUUUUCAGAUAUUGCAGCUGAAGAAACACUCCAUCUUCACCUGGAAAUGUACGUUUAAACAAAGUGGCCUCUGUGUGUGGUUACAAAUGAAUUUGUCAAUUUCUGGGUUUGUUUUUUUCAAAAUUGCUUUGUCUUUUUAUAUGUAAUAAAACAGGUAUUGCUCUGUUGCAUAGUGAUUAGCCAGCUUUGACU